AUGAAUUCAUCAUUUGAAUCUCUUUCCACCGAACUAUUGUUUGAAUUCUUUGAUUAUUUAUCCCCAUUCGAUUUAUUUCGAAUUUUCAUCAAUCUCAAUAAUCGUCUAAAUGCCAUUGUUCAUUCAUAUCCAUUUCGAUUAGAUUUUCGACCCAUCAGUCGAUCAAAAUUCGAUUUUAUUUGUCGUCAUCUUCAACCGAAACAAGUUAUUUCAUUGAUUCUUUGCGAUGAAUAUGUUCCUGAUCGAGUGAAACUUUUCCUCGAUCAUUUUUCAAAUUUUAAAGAACAAUUUGUUCGCCUUCAGUCUGUAACAUUGACCGAAGCCGAAACUAUUACUUUCAUCGAUUUACCCGUAUCUGUUUCAUCACUAUCAAUCAGAAGUUAUGAUGCUAAUGAUUAUAACGAAAAUUGCAUUAAUGAAAUUUUGUCUCGACAAGCGAAAGUGUUAACUUAUUUAAAAAUCGAUAGUAAAGAUUUAAAGCAUCUUAUUGACAUUCGUUUUCCAGCUCUUACCCAUUUGAUUAUUGGUAGAGGGUGUUAUUAUGAUGGUAAAUAUAUGGAUGUGUCUUCUCCAUUAAAGAAUACUGAUGUUUAUUCGUUAAUUCAAGAAUGGCAAUGUUUUCUCACUCAUCUUUAUCUUGUUAUCGAUAAUAAUAGUCAAUAUUCAACAUUUAAUCUUGAUCGAUUCUCUCAUUGUCUCACUCAUCUUACAUUACACUUUUACCGAGGUAUUCAAUUGAAUUUCACUUGGGAAAUUCCAUCAAUACUGGAACCAUUUCGUUCAUCAUUUUGGCUUGAACAACGACAUUGGUAUGUCGGAUGUUACCAAGAUGAAUCAGACACAAGCACAAUUAUCUAUUCAAUACCUCGAUUUCGAAUACGUACGCUUAAGUAUCCUUCAGUUGAAUUUCCACAUAUGACAACAGCACCAUCGAAUAUUGAAAAAAGGUUUUUCUAUUCAAGUAGAAUCAAUUAUUUCUCGUGUAAUAUGAAUAAAUUAAUUACACCAGUUGGUUGUCGCUUCAAUCAAGUUAAAUCAUUGACACUUUCGGAUUCAUCAUUAUUAUCAUUGAAUAUUCUAUCAUCAAUUGUUGAUCUUCAACAAAUUCAAUAUCUAGAUGUGGCCGAUAUUCAUCUCUUGUUACCUGAUGAACUUGAAAAUCUUAUUGCUCAUACUCCUCGUGUCACUCGUUUAUCAAUGAAAUUCGAUCCAUUGUUCAUUAUACCUUAA